AUGGAAACUGGGAUAAGAAAACGCACAAUACCAAAAAUCACGCUGAUUUCUACCCCUGCAAGCCCAAAAGGGGCUGCUGAAGCCUUUAAAAGCACAACUCGAAGGUUCUCUGCAAUUUCCACUAGGCUGCCUAACUACCUUCUAUACCCAAAAAUCCUAUCUCAAAGUCCUACCAGAUCUCCCCCUAGCCCUACAAAGCAUUCCACAUUAACUUAUAGAGCAAUCUCACAAGACAGUACAGGCUGUCACACAAGGUCUCCAAGCACUUCAAUCCCUUCUAAAUCACGUUUUUCUGAGCUCUGUAAAAUUCAAUCACAUCCUAAUCUGCAUGGGUCCAAAACUCAAAGAAACAGACUUCUAUCUAUUGACCACAUUAUUGACGAAAUCGAAAAAGAAAAAUUGAACAAUUUGAGGCCUUGUUAUGAUAAAAGUAAACAAAUUUUCAAAAAAUUAGAAAAUGAAUUAAAAGAAUCAGCGAAUUUGGUAUAUGAAGAAAUGAUGAUGAAAAAAAGGAGAAGAUAUAUGAGGAGCAUGUAUAUUAAGGUAGAACCUAGUGAAUUUGUGACGAUAGAAGGGCUGAAAAGGCUGAGACGGCAGCUGAGGAAUGAUAUGAAGAAAGGAUAG